GACGCGGGUAAAAGCAUGAACAGCGGGUCGGUGGCGAGGAAGCGCGCGACUGCAGGUCGAAACAGAGGGUGGAAGUCGGCGGAAAGGCAACAAGAAAGGAUUUCCCUGCAAGAGAAAAGGCCAGAAAGCGCUGCCCCGGUCCCGAUCACGGCAGGUGGGCACCUGCCGCCACUGGGUGACUGCACAGAACUCUGGAAAACGGCACCUAACAAGCGAAAGUGCACACGCGGCAGGCGCAAGCCGAGCGACAGGAAGUUGCCCAGGAGAAUGCGCGGGCAGGACAAAAUGCGAGGUACAUCCCCGAGUUCUCCAGAGACACAGAAAGCAACGGAAGCUGAACUGGCGAAGUCUGCCGGAGGGAAAAUGCAGAGACCCCUGCGAAGUCCGUGGCAAACGCACAGCGUACGCGCAGUGGCUUGGACGGCGCUCCAGAAACGCUUGGGGGAGUUAGGCUCGAAUCCACCGCUGAGACACCGCAGUCCCUUUGCAGAUGUCUAGACGUCUUUUUCUCCUCUCUCUACAGAUAAAGAAGCCAGUUUUUCGAGAACUCGGAAGUCGAGCCGCAGACGGUCCGCGUCACCACACCCCCUGGGAGUGACCGCGUCAUGCACUGCAGCUCGAAGCGGAAAUGGGUGGAAGAGAACAGAUGCGUCUUUCGUAGAGGGAAGCAUCUCGUUGUCUUGCUCAAUCUCGCUGUUUUCUCAAGCCUCCCUCGGAUGUCCAUUUUUCUCCAGGAAAUCCAAAAGUCCUGCAUUGUUUGCACACCCCGAGCGGCUGCACGAUAUCCUCGCACGGCUGAGCCGCGACAGCGCGUUUUCUCGUCGGCUCCUUUGCCUCUCUCGCGGCGGUUCGCUCGCAGCCUUCCACGGUCUCUCGGCGUUCCGCGAGGCGAGUGUCGAAAGCGAUUUGGAGGCUCCAGAAAACGCUCGGAAAACAAGAACGAAAAAAGUCGCCGGAGACAUUCGCGGCCUCCCAUCUCGGACCCGCUCCUCCUGUCUCCCCCCUCCGGGCGACGGCGACAAGCGGCGAGAGAUGGUCACUUUUUAGACGAGAGGGAGGACGCAGGACGAGAAAUUGCCGCGGAGGAAGAAGCUAGAUGGACUGUUUCGUCUCUCAUAGAAAGCAGAAAGAAGAAAAACAUCGAAGGAGCGGCCGUUCUUCUCCGUCUUCUUCCUCUCUCUCUCUCUCUUGUUCGAGGAGACAGCGCGAAACGAACCAAGGAGACGCAGCCCAAGCAGCCGGCGAAAGUCCGACUGCUCACACACCGCUGUCUUGCAGCAGAGGCGGACGCCAUGAGGGCGGUCUCCGUCAUCGUUCUUCUUGCCUGUGAAAAAUCCUCUGGACGAUAGCAGAAGGGGAAGGGGAGGGGAGGAGAAAACGAAAUUCCGAGUCCAAAAAAACCAGGAUACUCGCGCCGUCGAGCGUCUCUUGCUCCCGCCCAGAGGAGGCGGGAGGGGGCAGACACGCCACAAACGGAAGAGAGAGAAAAAAGGACUGCGGAGAAAAAGGUUUCAUUUCGGAUAUGGGGAGAACAACGGGGAAAGUCGAAAACGGGAUUCCUCUCUCUUUCCAUCGGCGUGCAGGUGUUGGCCUGCACCCGCAAAUGGCCCUUUGCGCGCUUCGUCGUCGUCUCUUUCUUCUUCGAGCGUGACUCGAAGGAACGAGACCUCGCGAUUCUCUCCGUCGCUACACAUGGGCGCGAAUCUGUUUCUUCUCUCCCUCGUUCUUCUGUUCGCACAUCUCAACGCGCGGUCUUCCAGAAGCUCCUUCUUCCUCCCGCUGUCUUCCUCGCCUUUUCCUUCGUCCUCGUCCUCUCCGGCUUCGUCUCCUUUUCCGUCUUCUCCUUUUCCGUCUUCUCCUUCUUCCUGGUCUUCCUCGCUCUCUGUUCUCUCUGCCUCGGUCCUGACUGCUCCACAUGGAGAGAGGAGACAGCGACGGCGCGGAGUCGCCUCUCCCCUCCUCUCGCGGGGAGUGCAUUCCUCCCUCCCCCGCGACAAGAAAGCGGACCUUGCCUGCAGGCGCCACGGAGAAAGGAGACAGUUCUCCCACCGACGCCGUCUUGCCUGAAUAUGUCCAGUUCGAAGUUGAUGAUGUCCGCUUCUUCUCACAGCUUCUCUCCGUCGUCAUUCCUCACUCUGCAGGGAACGCGGCGUCUGCCUCGCUGCUCGAAGGGGGCAGAGAAUCCCGACAUCGACAGGGUGCGACCAGAGGGCAUCCGUCCGGAGCCGAAGGAGACUGGAACUGCGUCUUCAUUCAGUGGAGCGAGAACGAGCUGCUGCUGCGCGGAGUCUCUCGCGCCCGAGACGUGUACAGCGAGCUGCGUCUCGCCGCCUCUUUCUUCCCCUUCUUCGAAUAUAAGUCGAGGCGGUCCGGGCGCGCGUCGCGGGGCCGCAAGCGAAGGCGGGCGGCGAACGAGGCCUGCGGCGAUGCAGAACGCGAGCCGGGAGAGCCGGGGAGGACUUGUGCGACUCCGGAGCGCGAGGAAGAAGGGGACAGGAGAGAUGCAGAGGAGCAGCAAGUGAUGGUUCGCGUCCACGAGCUGGUCAACGCGCUGAUGUUGUUCGGGGAGAACGCUCAUCUUCGCGUUCGUUACAUCUUCGACGAGGGCUUGCUCACUCUGCUCCUUCACGAGCGUCUUCUGGGCCGAGGCGGAUCUGAGGAGGAAGAAGCGCUUUCAGAGAUUUGUGUGAAGACGUUCAGCAUUUCUCAGCACGAGAAACUCCCGGAUUUAUGCGUCUUUUCUCCGUCUUGCAGUUCGUCUUCGGCAGACUACCUCCGAGUGUCGCCGCAGGCAUUCAGGGAAGUUCUCGUGGACCUGUUAGGGUCCGACGAAGAGGCUUCCGGGGCUGCAGGAUCGGGCGAUGUGCGUCUCUCUGUUUUUCCUCCGCCUUUGCCUAGCUUUGCGUUUCCAGAGGACGAUAAGAGACAACCUGCGAAUCUUCAGAGACACCGCGAGACAGAAGAGGAAGAAUCCUCCGUACACGUCAGCCCUGUUGCAUUCACAGCGGCCGCCGAUGAGACGAAGCCGGUGAUUAUGCGCCUGAGCACCAGCCACCAGGCUGUCGCGCAAGAAGUCGCACUCGGCCUCGACCCUCUUCUCUUUCCUAGCCUGCAACUGACAAGGACGCACGAGCACACAUACAAGCUGAGAAGUCUCCUCUCGGUUGUCCCGGCCCUUAAGCUCGCCACUGGUCUGCGCCUCGAGUGGCAUCAGGACGGUCUCCUGCUUCUGCAACUCCUGAUUAAGCCACAGUUACAAACUCGGCUUUUUCUGCACUUCUACCUCUUCGCGACGGUCACGCAGUCUGAAAACUAAUCGUCAGGGAGAUGCAAAAUGCCUUCGCAGCGAGAAGAGGUUUCUCAACGUUUCAUACCGCUUUUAGAGAAACACAAACGCUGUUACUUGAGAAACCGAUCAAAAGAGAAUCUGGAGGUGUGCUUCCGAACACCGACGUCCCGAGUGGUUAGGUCUUAAAAAGGACAACGACGGAUUGUGCUUUUUUUUGUGCCGUUCUGACGGACUCGAUAACGACACGCGGUGCUUUAUUUUCUGCAACGAAAUGCUACAGUUCACUUUAGGAAAGCGGGAACACAGGCCAAGGGGGAUAAGU